CGUACUAUGAAGGCAGGGUCUCAGCUAUGAGGCCUACACAUAAAUACACACUGUCUAUUACUCCAAGUUUCAAAGACCUAAAACACAGAAGAGAAGGGAUUGCUAUAUCCACUAUGUAUUUUGCAUGUCAAGUGAGCCUUUUCUGAGGGUUUAUGAGGUGUGGAGAGCACUAUUCAAGGAUGCAAAAUAAGGAAGGUGAUAUUAAAGAAGUGUUUUUUUCUCUCUCUCUCUCUCCUUCCUGUCACUAUACAUUUGUUUAUGGAUUUCUGUAAAGGUGGCAGAGACAAGAGCAGCAACAAAGGCAUCAGAGCAGAGGCAGAAGAAGCAGAAGCAACAGAGGUGCAGUCAUUAUAAGAGCAGAGUAAGGAGAGAUAGGGGGAGAGAGAGAGAGAGAGGAAGCAGUAGUAUCAUCAGUAUCAUCAGAGCCAUUAGUUUUAUCCAUGCACAGAAGAUUCUGCAACCAAUGGACCCUGAAAAAAUACCCCUCAAAACUCUCAGCCCAACAACAGCAACAACCCCUCUUUCUCUGUGUCUCUGAGAUCUUUUAAGCUGUUCUUCCUUCUUGUUCUUCAUCUUGGGUCUUUUUUGUUUGGGGGUUGUUUUUCCUUUUGGGUUUUCUUUUUUCUUAAAUGAUGAUGAGUGCAAGAAACAGGUCUCCUUUCACAGCAUCACAGUGGCAAGAGCUUGAACAUCAAGCUCUUAUCUUCAAAUAUAUAGUGUCAGGAGUACCAAUCCCAGCUGAUCUCAUCUGCACUGUCAAAAGAAGCUUGGACUCUUCAUUGUCUUCAAGGCUAUUUCCUCACCAACCCAUUGGGUGGGGUUGUUUUCAGAUGGGGUUUGGCAGGAAAGCAGACCCAGAGCCAGGGAGGUGCAGAAGAACUGAUGGCAAGAAAUGGAGGUGCUCCAAAGAAGCAUACCCAGAUUCAAAAUACUGUGAGAGACACAUGCACAGAGGCAAAAACCGUUCAAGAAAGCCUGUGGAAGUUAUUUCAGCUACAAACCCUUCACCAACCAUCUCAUCAAUCAACUCAAAUCCUUCCUCCACCACCACCAAUUCUUACUCUCUCUCUCCUCUCUCUCCUCUCUCUUCUUCAAUGACUUCUGAAACCUCCCAUCCCCAUCACCAUUCCUACCACAACACCUCUCUUUAUCCCUUCCUCUACCCUCAUCCCUCCUCUUCUAGACCUCCUGGUUCUUGCCUAUCACCUCAAGCCACCAGCAGUUACAGCACCCAUCAUCUGUUUUUGGACUCUGGGUCUUAUUCCCAGGCUGAUAGGGAUUACAGGCAUCAUCAUGGAAUGAGGGAGGGUGUGGAUGAGAGAGCUUUCUUCCCAGAAGCUUCAGGGACUGUAAGGGGCCUACAUGAUUCAUAUACUCCAUUAACAAUGAGUUCCUCCAAGGGAUACUCUCACUUUCAGUAUCAAAGCCCCGCUGAUAAUCCCAAACAGCAGCAAGAACAGCAAGAGCAGCAGCACUGCUUUGUCUUGGGCACUGAUUUCAAAUCGUCAAGGCCAAUUAAAGUAGAGAGAGAUGAUGAAGCCCAGAAGCCUCUCCACCAUUUCUUUGGAGAGUGGCCUCUAAAGAACAGAGACUCCUGGCUUGACCUUGAGGAGGAUCCACCAACCCAUGCAUCAUUCUCCACCACCCAGCUCUCAAUUUCAAUCCCAAUGUCCUCACACAAGCUUCUUGCAUCGGAUUCCAGAAUCCAAACUGAUGGAUGAGUUCUCAAUACUGGUUCUUCUGAUCAUGGCCAAAAAAGUACUUGACUGGUGGUGGGUCAAUGCCUUUCUUGUUGAUUUUGUGACUGAAGGAAGUUUCUUUUGCCAAAUGUGCGGAUGAAUAAUGUAGGGCCUAUAGGAGGAUUCUUGUCUUUGUGCUUUCUGAGUUGCUAAUUUUCAUUCUUAUCCUUAAAGAAACAUGUUUGAAUUUGUAGACUUGUUUGUUUGACAGGAAGCAUCUUGAUAUGGUUUUUGAGUUUGAGUUUGAGUUGUUCUCUAAUCUCUAUGUUGUUUUGUGAGUUGUGGCCACCUUUUCUUUUCCCUUUGGCUUCUGCUUAUUGUACUUCAGAAAGAGGGACCCAACAAGCUAUAGUCAUGCUCUUUUGUCACCAUCAAUGUUAUUUCCCCAGAUUAUGCUGUAAAA